AUGUGGAGGCAAGUUUUGCUCUACUUCAGGACUCACAGCUACCAUGCAGAUAACUGCCAAGCAAAGGAGACCCUCCAAAAUGAAGAUGAAGAAGCUAUUAAAGCAGCACAGUGGCUUUUCAAGCAACCCAUGGGAUCGGAGCGGAUGGAGAUGGGCAAACGGCAGAUGGCUGCGACCCAGGAGACCCCAGGUGCUGCUCAGGCUCAGCACAGCACAGGCAACCGAGGGUCCAACGCGUGCUGCUUCUGUUGGUGUUGUUGCUGCAGCUGCUCAUGUCUUACUGUUAGAAAUCAAGAAGAAGAGAGGGCAAGGAGAACAUCUCAGGAACUCCAAGCAGAGGGCAUUCCAAACUGUGAGGAAAGCCCUGCUCCUACUCUUGAAGAAGUGAAUGCCUGGGCUCAGUCAUUUGACAAGCUGAUGCUUACCCCAGCUGGCAGAAAUGCUUUCCGGGAAUUCCUCCGAACAGAAUUCAGCGAGGAGAACAUGCUCUUCUGGAUGGCCUGUGAGGAACUAAAACAAGAAUCCAACAAAAGUGUCAUUGAAGAAAAAGCAAGGCUCAUUUAUGAAGAUUAUAUUUCUAUCCUUUCUCCAAAAGAGGUCAGCCUGGACUCCAGAGUAAGAGAAGUUAUCAACCGAAACAUGCUGGAACCCUCCCAACACACCUUUGAUGAUGCACAGCUUCAGAUUUACACCUUAAUGCACAGAGACUCCUACCCUCGGUUUAUGAACUCUGCCAUUUAUAAGGACUUGCUUCAGUCCUUAUCUGAAAAAUCCAUUGAAGCAUAG